GCGCGGGCCGGGGGUCCCGUGACCUGCGCGGGGCCGAGUGCGCCGCCUAAGCCGCGGACUUCCGCUUCCCCGCGCCGGCCCCGCGCUGCCAGCCCCCAGCCGCAGGGGAGCUCCGGGCCCCGGGGGCCGCCGCCCUUUGCGCUCCCCCGCGGGUGGGCGGGGCGGAGGGCCGGCCCGCGGCGGACGUGGGUGUUAAGCGGCUGCCCGGGCGGCGGAGGCAGAGCGGCGAGCCGGCGGCGGAGCCCGAGCAGCACGCGCGGCCAACUGUCCCGGCGGGAUAUGAGACACCCGUCAUAAGCUCCGGAGAGUUGCCUUCCACAGAGACCAGCAGAGGAGUGGGCCAACAUGAAGUCCAGUCCUGCCAUCCAAGCUGCCAUUGACCUCACAGCGGGGGCUGCAGGGGGCACAGCCUGUGUACUGACCGGGCAGCCCUUUGACACCUUGAAAGUGAAGAUGCAGACGUUCCCUGACCUGUACCGGGGCCUCACCGACUGCUGCCUGAAGACUUACUCCCAGGUGGGCUUCCGCGGCUUCUACAAGGGGACCAGCCCAGCGCUGAUCGCCAACAUCGCCGAGAACUCGGUCCUCUUCAUGUGCUACGGCUUCUGCCAACAGGUGGUGCGGAAGGUGGUUGGAUUGGAGAAGCAAGCCAGGCUGAGUGAUCUGCAGAACGCAGCCGCGGGUUCCUUCGCCUCUGCCUUUGCGGCCCUGGUGCUCUGUCCCACUGAGCUCGUCAAGUGCCGGCUGCAGACCAUGUAUGAGAUGGAGUCGUCAGGGAAGAUCGCCAGAAGCCACAACACAGUCUGGUCCGUGGUGAAGAGCGUCCUCAGGAAGGACGGCCCCUUGGGCUUCUACCACGGCCUCUCCAGCACCUUACUCCGAGAGGUGCCCGGCUAUUUCCUCUUCUUUGGCGGCUACGAGCUGAGCAGGUCGUUUUUUGCAUCAGGGAGAUCGAAGGAUGAGCUAGGCCCUGUCCCUUUGAUGUUAAGCGGUGGAGUUGGUGGGAUCUGCCUCUGGCUUGCUGUAUACCCAGUGGAUUGUGUCAAAUCCAGAAUUCAAGUUCUUUCCAUGUCUGGAAAACAGGCAGGAUUUAUCGGAACCUUUAUAAGCAUUGUGAAAAAUGAAGGAAUAACGGCCUUAUAUUCUGGACUGAAACCCACAAUGAUCCGAGCGUUCCCUGCCAAUGGGGCGCUCUUUCUGGCCUACGAAUACAGCAGGAAGCUGAUGAUGAGCCAGUUCGAAGCCUACUGAAGUGUCCUGGCAAAACGAGGUCCACGUCUAGGCACGUGACCACGACAGUUCAUCUCAGGGUUUCAGGGAGUACAAGACCAAUGGGGAAUUAUUUUGGUUUCAUAGGCAUUCUGUUUUGGUCUUCCCUUAUACUCUAAAUCUUAAACUUUGUGAAAAGGGACUCCAUUUUAUCCUAUUAAUUUCUGCCCAUAAUCGUACUGAAAUUAAACUCAGUUGCUGCUCUUGUGCUUGGUGGGACAUUUAGGGUGAGCCGCCGGCCCUGCACAGGAUCUGAAAGGCUAAAUAUAGUUCUUUCGGGAUUUUGCAUGAA